AUGACACCCACUGAAACCGAAUGUGCGUGCCCCUUGGGGGAUGUGCCGCUCUGUACGGUUUUGCGGCGUUCUUUACAGCAACCUCCGGGGUCGUCUCCGAUAUUAUCUGGGUCGGGAGUUGUGCAGACGUCACUCACGCCGUCGUGGGUGACGGCGGAGUCGAUCGACAGCAUUAUCUCUUUGGCAAACCGGACGGAGGAGGAGCUGGAGCUGGAUAGUCUGAUCUACCGCCUGUGUCACUCUUUGUACCGCGUGGCGGAGACAAUGUCCGCGAAGAUGCACCGGCGCCCCGUGGAUGCGUGCUACGCUUCGGUUGGCGGUGAUACGAAGCGGUUUCACAACAUGCGAAGCCACGAGGACUGGUGCCCGCUGCGCCACCUCUUUGACCCUUUGAGUUACUACGGGGCGAUGGGGAAGUCGUCCAACCCGCAUGUGGGCUGUAAGUGCCUUGAAGAGGCGCAUGACCCCUCACCCGGCCCAGCGGAGGCGUCGAAGUGGCUGGUGGACGCACUGGAUGUGACGCGGCUCUCUGGUGGGAACAGCAACCACGUGUACCGCCUUGCCCACGCCUCGUACCCUUGCAAGGCUGUCUUGCUGCGCGUGUACGGUGACAGGGGAGGUGAGGUGAUUGACCGUGCGCGCGACAUCAAGGCGAUGCAGUUGAUGAGCAAAGCCGGCAUGAGUCCUGCCGUGCUGCAUAGCUUUCACUGGGGGCGUGUAGAAGAGUUUAUGGACGGCGUGCGCACGUGCACGACGGAGAUGCUGCUGGCGUCGCCGCCGCUGCUAGCCGACAUAUAUGAAGGGCUGUGCCACAUGCAUCAGCUGGAUGCGACCCCGUUUUUGCCGGAGAACCUCAAUGAUGUCAAGCCUUGCGGAAGGUUUGUGUCGCAGUUGACGAGCAUAGAUGAGUCGGUCCCGUUGGUAAAUGGAAAUACAGGCUACUACGGCAGCCUGGGGCGGGAUAAGGCUAUGGAAAGCGUGUGCCCGACGUCGUUUGAGCGUGUUAGUUUUCGUUUGCUUCGGCUGAUGUCAUCGCACAUCUUAGAAACGCACCGCCAGGCGCUGGUGGUUUGGCUAGCGGGUGAGAUAAUGUUUGUACGCGGCGAGUUGCAGCGGCGCGACAUCCCCGUCGUGUUCUCGCACAACGACCUGAAUCCUGGCAACAUUCUGUUGGCCAGGUGGAAGGUGCCGGAGGCGUUCCGCGACGGUGACGCCCGGAGCAGCAACGGCGAUGAGAAGCUGACGGCGGAGGGCGGCUUCAGAAACCUUGUGGAGCGUCGCGGACACUUGUUCAUUGACUUUGAGUACACGGACGCGAACUACCGCUGCUUCGACCUUGGCAACACAUUGUGCGAGCUGGACUACGACUACACGCGGGGCACAGAGGUGGGUGGUCGUGGGUUCAUCAAGUUUCUUUGCGAGUUCCCUCCCGCCGCGAAGGCGGAGGCCUGGUGUAGCCUUGGCGAGGAGUACCCUCGACUGCCGGAGCUUAUCGUUGACGCGUGGCGGAGGGGCAAUAAAGAUGGGGAAGAGGUGCGGGACGUUGGCGCCGCCGCAUUGCAGGCGGUGCGUAGUUACUUUGCGACGCAGAGUGGAGCAACGGUGAGGGAGGUGGCGGUAAGCGAGUCGCAGCUGGUUGAGCUGCUGCUCGGCAUGCUGGCCUCCCACCUCUACUGGACGCUGUGGGCGUUGGUGAUGGGGUGCACGCCGGAUGAGUGCGCUGACUGCGCCACAGACGCGGAGGCGUUUGCACUCGGUGGUAGUGGGCUGGACUACGUGCGCUACGGUGAGUGCCGGAUGCGGGAGUACGUCGCGCUUCGUCAAUGGCUUAUUCGUCACACACUAAUUUGA